UUGGACCCGCGGUCGAUGCCGGCAAAGGGGGAUGGGGGGGAUGGGCGCCUUUCGAAUGCAAAGAUCCGACACAGAAGCAAAGCCCUGUUUCAUACACAGCACUAUAGCUAAACAUAAACACACAUUAAUACAUUACACCCUUAAAUAAAUCCGCCACCAUUUCCACAUGGAAUCUACCGGAGACACCCCAUGGAUGUAGUGCACCUGAAGGCGACGGGGGAUUUAACUUUCCCUGCAUUUCUGGGAGACGCCGAGAAGUUUGUUUGCCACCCCUGGAGAGGGAGCUACUUUUAGGGGCUAGCAAUCCAGGAAACGCCGAGGCCGACGGAGGGGCCUACUGGUUUGAUGUUGGGCUACUCCGAGGGAUUCUAUUUCUUCGCCUCGCUUGUGCAAGUUUGUUAUGCAUCUUUAGGUCCCCCAUGACCGUAAGCCGUGGGCUACGGCUCAGCGGCGCCCCACCAUUGGAGUGGUUUGUCACUGUAGUGGGAGCCCUGUGAUUUCUCUAUCCACCGGCAAAACCCCACCACCUCCCCUCCCCCCUCCCAUCCUGUCCCUUCCAUCCCCCGCCCCCCUCCCCGUCCCCCCUCUUCCCCUCCACCCCAAGCAUCGCCGUGCUGGACGUCAUGAGCAUAGUAAUCGCUCCUGGAGUCAACACACCUGAGACGUCUUACACAGAAAUGGCUGCUGGAUCAGACCCCGAGUCAGUUGAAGCAAGCCCUGCAGUAAAUGAGAAAAACUUCGACAGCCACAGCUGUGGAAGUGCACAGAGUCAUGGGUAUCGGGGACUACCAUAUGCUAUGCAACAGUCUUCCGUUGUGUGUUGUCAGGAUCACAACUACGGCGCGCCCCCUCCUCCCACCCCACCCGCUUCCCCACUCUCUCAAACCAUCAUCCCCCGACUGGAUAUCAAUGGCGUGGUACGCAGUUCUCGCUACCUUGAAACCACAGAGGACAACUCGGUGGACAGCGAUAGCUCGUCCGAGGAGGAUGGGGCUGUAGCCGGCUGGUGUCACUGCACUCUCAUGCCAGACGGCUUGCUCAUUAAAUGUGACAAUUGCAGGGGUCUUGAUAGAAGGAAAGGAACAGACGGCCAGCACAGGAAAAAUGAAAAUGUCUCAGCUGGAGAGAGCAGUGGCACGGAGAGUGGCGAUGAAGAGGUGUCACCAUCCACCAUCUCCUACACCGCCACCCAGCACACGCCCACCAGCAUCAAGCUCACCGUCAACAGAGUCAAAAGGAGUAAAUCCAAAAAGAGGAAGAAGAGUACAGAGAAGUCCCGUGGAACACCGAAGGGCAAGAAAGUCAAAGCCUUUAGAGAAGGUUCUAGGAAGUCUAUGAGGAUGAAGAACUCGACGACGGAUGCGAGCGUGUUGGACGAAAACACAGCAGAGGGAUGGGAGAAUAGAAUCCGUCAGUGGACGGACCAGUACGAGGAGGCUUUAGCCAACCAGUACAGCGCCGACAUCCAGACGCUGCUCAAGCUUCAUCGAACCGUCAGCACCUCUGAUCCGAGCCCAGAGGCUCCGCCUGCCGCACAGACCUCACUGGAAGGCAUGGACACCAUCAACCGCACCGAGCUGGCCUGUAACAACACAGUUCUGGGCUCUCAGAUGCAGCUGCAGUUAGGACGAGUAACACGAGUGCAGAAGCACAGGAAGAUCCUUCGUGCAGCCAAGAACCUGGACCCAGACGCCCUGAUCAUCGAGUAUCGAGGGAAGGUCAUGCUCAAGCAGCAGUUCGAGGUCAACGGGCACUUCUUUAAGAAGCCCUACCCAUUUGUGCUGUUCUACUCCAAGUUUAAUGACGUGGAGAUGUGUGUGGAUGCCAGGACUUUUGGAAAUGACGCCCGCUUCAUUCGAAGAUCCUGUACACCAAACGCAGAGGUGCGACACAUGGUUGCUGAGGGGAUGAUCCACCUGUGUAUUUAUGCCGUCAGUGAGAUCACCAAAGAUGCUGAGGUCACUAUUGGAUUUGAUUAUGAGUUCAACAGCUGUAUCUACAAGGUGGACUGUGCUUGCCAUAAGAGGAACCAAAAUUGCCCUGUGCAGAAACACAACACAAGCCCCAGGGAGAGUCUGCUGAGCCCCCCGUCUGCACCGCCGCCCUCGCCGUUGGUUGGUGCCGAGACCCGACAGAGAAAGGCUCGCCGGAGAGAGCUGGAGGGAAGCCUGGGCGGAGAUAGCAGUCAGACCCCCAGCCAGCAGCAGGAGGCCAAAGAGCUCCAGGGAAACAGUGAUGCUGAGGGGCUGCCAGAUGAGGUGAAGCUGGAAGAAGUGGAGGAAGGAGAGGUGGAUGAAAAUGGGAUUGCCAUCCCCAGUAAAAAAACACUCAACAGUCUGGAAAGAAGACGGAGGAGAGCAGACGUAAAGGAGGACAGCGUGGAAGCAGAAGAGGGUACAGGAACUCCCCCCAUAGCCCAAAACACGGGGGUAGGGAUCACCACACGACGCACUACCUAUGUCACGGAAGUACCAUCUAUUGAAGAAAAGACCUCCUCACCAAACCUGCCUGCUCCAGCUGCCCCUCCUAAACCCGCACGGCCUUCCAAGCCUCGUCCCAAGAGCCGAAUCUCACGCUACCGCUCCAGCUCGUCCCAGCGUGCUCGACGACAGCGUCAAGCGCUUGCCCAGCAGGCGGCUGCCGCAGCUCCUGCACCAGACCAAAACCCUGGUCCGGAAGAGGAGGCUCCUCAUGGCCUGUUCGGUUCUGAUCUGGGGCAAGGGGACAGCGGGCUCGGUGCUGGUGGCCUCCUCGAUGGAGACGGCCAGAAUCUUAAUUGCAUAAGCAGAGGCAACCUACGUUACCCCAAGACCAAAAAGUAUCUGGUGACAGAGUGGUUGAAUGAAAAGAUUCCUGGAGGGGAGAAGUUCCCACAGGAGCCACCUAUUGAGCGGCCGCUGCGUAUUACCACUGACCCAACGGUGCUGGCCACCACCCUCAACAUGUUGCCAGGCCUCUCGCACUCAUCUGUUAUCUGCACAGCGCCAAGACACUAUGUGCGCUUCGGCUCACCUUUCAACCCCGAGAGACGCCGUCCACGUCCACUUCAGAUGGACGGCACCUAUGGCUGCUUUAAAAAGAGAUGGAUCAAGCAAGUGGAGGACGAGAGCUGUUCAGCCAGUGUGGAGGACGGUACAGAAUCCACUUCCUCCCAGCAAAGCACCAGCAGCAGAUCCACCCCAAAUCCCUUGUCCAGCGAACUGAACGCACCUUUCAAGAAGCGCCAUGCAAAGUAUAUGACCGAGACGACGUCGACGACGUCUGACCACCUGCUUCGCCCAUUGUCGCCCAUCACGCCGCCUCUCCCUGAGGACCCCAUACUUCCCCUGCUUCACAACACUUUUAUUAGCUCCUUGCUACCCAACGGCCUCGCAUAUUCACCCAUGCCCUCACUUCCCACCAGCCGCUGCAACACACCUCUGCAAUUUGAAAACAUAUCAUCCCCCGAGGCAUCACCCGUUCACCGGCCAGAAUCCAUAUCUCCUGAGCCAUGUCUCCAGACAGACUUUGACAUCCCUCGGAGUCAGUUCCCAGAUCUUUCACUGCCCUCUAGUUUGGAGAGCCCCAUGGCCGGACCCUCAGAGGACUUUUCCAUCCCCGGAACAUCUUUAGGCAAUGAUUCCCAGGAAUCCCUGUCUGCAGGAAUCACUUCCUUAAAGCAAGUGUCCACUGCCACCUCAGACCGAGCCCUGAAAAGCAGGGAGCAGGCCUUCAGGACAGAGUUCAACCUCAUAUACACGUGCUCACCCCUCAACGCUAACUUGGCAAACCAUGCUGCCGCAGACCGACGUCUCUCUCUCUCGGAGGAAGGUCUCUCACCCGCACAGUCGUUCCACAAUUCUUUGAGUAGCCAGGGGCUACAUGGGGACGUUGGGCCCAGAUGUACGUCGCCUUUUAAUGAACUUCAUUAUGGGGGAGGCUACCCAGAGAGUGGCACACCUCCACACACCAGCAACCCGCCACAAAAAAAGAAGGUGUCCUUGUUGGAGUACCGCAAGCGGAAGCAGGUUGGCGGCCGCGAUCCCGAGCUGUCCAGCUGUAGUUCAUCCCUGGGCAGCACCCCCACUCAGCCUGGUACGCACUACAGCCAGGAGAGCCUCCAUCCCCAUUACCUGAUGCAGCCCCUCGCCUCCCCGCACAAUUCCACAUCUUCAUCGGGACACGGCAGUUCUGUUCCUCAGAUUGAGGAGGUCAGUCCUCCGCACCACCAUGGCUCUUCAGUGCAGGCCAGACAUGAGGAGAACAACAAUCAGUGGAUGGUUCCCACCACUGUUGAACGUCUACGAGAAGGUCAGGGAGCAUUGGAGCGAGUGCUCAGGAGCAUCAAGAUGGAGCGAAUGUACAAGAGGAGCAAUAGUUCUACUGAGAAAGAAUCUGAUGCAGAUCACCUGCAGUCCCCCAUGAAGAGUCCAGCACAAAGAUACAGCCCAUCUAUGUAUUCCCAUCAGGCAUCGGACCUGCGCACCGACAGUCCCUCGCUGCUUCAACAAACCCCCGCGUCGCCGUUUGGACCUUGCUACAGUCCCACACCAGGACACGGCUUCUACACAGGCCCGUCUCAGGACCUCCUUCCUUCCUCCUUCCCCGCUCACACGCCCACAACCUCGUCGGAAAGCAAGCUGGCGGCGGAGUCGCUACACCGGCCGAGCGGCGACGCCGACGGAAGCCGCGGUUACGGUGCCCACUUAAAGGCGGGCCGUUUGAGCAGCGGCGGCGGUCCGGUGGCGUCCGCCGCCGCACCGUGGGCCCACGGACAGACUAAGACUGACGUGAGCGACGUCGGAGGGAGUCAGCAGCAGCUUUCACAAAACGCCAGAUCAGCAAGUUCCGGGCAGGCCGGCACCAGGCUACUGUCCACCUCCGGACCAACAAACUACUCGCAGCGAGCGGCGAGCAUCAGCCAGUUCCAGAACCCCCCGCUACAGAACCCAGGAGUACGAACACAGUCUGGAAGCUUUUAGCAGGCAAGCGACUCCUCGUGUACAAACCACAACUUUUCUCCUUUUUUGUUGCUCUUUUCCUUCUCUUCUGUUCCAGCAACAUUCUUGCACACUUUGGACACAAUCGUGAACACUUUGAAGCGCACGCCCAGAAUACGAAAGAAAUCACUUGUAACUUGAAAUUGUUUAUUUGUGCUGGACUUUAACGAGCAGACCUUGGAGUGUCCGAAAGUAAACACAAAGGAUUUUUUUUUUUCCCUUCUUUUUUUUUUGUUUAUUGAAUUAGGCAAAAGAAGGUGUGCUGCAGUCGUGAAGUGUUGCUGUGCCGACAGGAGAAGCAGAGUUGGGUCAUUCCGUUGUUGUCUUUCUCCCAGGACCUUCUGUCGCCUGCCGGCUGACCGUUGGAGCGCAGACGUUAGUAACUGUUGUACUUGAGCCAUACAGCUCCCAUCCUUCAUGGUGCUGCAAUCUUCUUUUCACCCAAUAAAUGUCCCAUCCAGACACCUUCCUCACA